UGAAGCCGUAAACUGGAAUUGAUGAUGCUUUCCUUGCUUCGUCAAUGCCUACCACGGCAGUACUACGAGUAGAUCCGAAUCUGACAAAGCGCCGUUGGCACAUCCAAGCGUCCUGCUGCACCUCAAUUCGUCCAUAGCAGUAUAGAGCUGCCGCGGGCGACACUCCCAAAGUCAAAGCCACGCCGGCCGGCACACCGCCGCCUCCCCUUGACCAGCCUCGCCGCCGGAGCGGCAGCCAUGGCCACCGCUGCCCGCUCCCUCCACCACCAGGGUCCGACGCCCUCUAACCCCUCUCCGCAUCGCCUCCCUGUCCCCUCCCACCUCCGUCCCCAACGCCACGGCUGCUGCAGCCGCCGCCUGGCCGCCUCGUCCUCCGACCUCACCUCCUUCCCCGAGCCGGACCCCGCCCCGAACGGCGUCCACGUGCCGUGGGCGGCGGCCUCCUCCGUGGCCACGGCCGCGGCCGCGGCCGCCUUCGACGUAGACGCCGCCACCGAGGCGGAGCUGCGGGAGAACGGGUUCCGGAGCACGCGCCGCACCAAGCUCGUCUGCACCGUGGGCCCCGCCACCUGCGGCGCCGCCGAGCUCGAGGCGCUCGCUGUCGGCGGCAUGAACGUCGCGCGGGUCAACAUGUGCCACGGCGACCGCGAGUGGCACCGCGGGGUCAUCCGCGCCGUCCGGAGGCUCAACGACGAGAAGGGCUUCGCAGUCGCUGUGAUGAUGGACACCGAGGGCAGCGAGAUCCACAUGGGUGACCUUGGCGGCGCGUCCUCCGCGAAGGCCGAGGAUGGAGAAGUUUGGACAUUUAGCGUUAGAUCUUCUGACACAUCGCUCCCAGAUCGAAUCAUUCAUGUGAACUAUGAUGGCUUUGCUGAAGAUGUCAAAGCUGGCGAUGAACUAUUUGUGGAUGGUGGAAUGGCCAGGUUUGAGGUGAUUGAAAAGUUAGGGCCAGAUGUGAAGUGCCGCUGCACUGAUCCUGGUUUGUUGCUGCCACGGGCUAAUCUUACUAUAUGGCGCGAUGGCAGUGUAGUGCGAGAGAGGAACGCUAUGCUUCCUACAAUUUCAUCAAAGGAUUGGAUUGACAUAGAUUUUGGAAUUGCUGAAGGUGUUGAUUUCGUCGCCAUAUCAUUUGUCAAGUCUGCUGAAGUAAUUAAUCAUUUGAAGAGUUACAUUUCUGCACGGAGCCGUGGAAGUGAUAUAGGGGUCAUUGCAAAGAUUGAGAGCAUUGAUGCUCUGAAGAACCUGGAGGAGAUUAUCCGUGCAUCAGAUGGAAUAAUGGUAGCCAGAGGGGACUUGGGGGCACAAAUCCCCCUGGAACAGGUCCCUUCCAUACAGAAGAAAAUAGUUAGAAUGUGCAGACAGCUCAACAAGCCAGUCAUUGUUGCUUCUCAGCUUCUGGAGUCAAUGAUUGAGUAUCCUACACCUACUAGGGCUGAGGUUGCUGAUGUUUCUGAGGCAGUCCGCCAGCGUGCAGAUGCUCUCAUGCUUUCUGGUGAGUCAGCCAUGGGGAGGUAUCCAGAGAAGGCUCUCAGCGUGCUUAGGAGUGUUAGCCUGAGGAUUGAAAGGUGGUGGAGAGAGGAGAAGCGCCAUGAGGCGCUGGAGCUUCAAGAUGUCUCGUCUUCAUUCUCUGAUAAGAUAUCAGAGCAAAUAUGCAAUUCAGCAGCGAAAAUGGCCAACAACUUGGGAGUUGAUGCUGUUUUCGUUUAUACAAAGGAUGGCUACAUGGCCUCUCUGCUGUCACGAUGCCGCCCCGACUGCCCGAUCUUCGCGUUCACAUCCUCGAUGUCUGUCAGGAGACGGCUGAACCUCCAGUGGGGUCUCAUCCCAUUCCGGCUCAGCGAGUCCGAUGACAUGGAGAACAACCUCAACCGCACCUUCUCACUGCUGAAGGCCAGGGGUAUGGUGCAGUCCGGAGACCUGGUGAUCGCGCUCUCAGACAUGCUGCAGUCCAUCCAAGUGAUGAAUGUGCCCUAGGAAUAGGAUCCCAUACCCAGCUGGUUCCUUGACCAGAAAUGGAACGUACAAUAGGAGCUUUUUUGUUUGUAUAAUUUUAAGUAUAUCGCGUCGGCAACAGUUUUUAGCAUGUUUCUGCCUCAUGUCGAUACUCUUUGUAUGUCGAUAUUGAUUUGCAUCGGUGUGGUUCAGGUGUGAUUCAGGUUCGGACUUGAUUAUUUGAAAAUUCAAACAGAACAGAGCCUUUUCUGUGUUUGUCAAUCUGGAUGAUUUUCUUAAAGUAAAGCAAUAGCUGCAGCAAAAUUUGA